GUGGAGGACAGAGCAGGGUGGUGAUGGUGCUCUCGUGGCAGAUGGAGAUUCAGGACGGCCCCAAUGAUGAUGGGGAGAUGUUCAUGCGACCCGGAAAGCUGUCUGACUACUUCCCCAAACCGUACCCCAACCCUGAGGCUGCCAGAGCAGCCAACAAUGGAGCCGUGCCCCCUGACCUCAGCUACAUCGUGCGAGCUAGGCACGGUGGUGAAGACUACGUCUUCUCCCUGCUCACGGGCUACUGUGAGCCGCCCACCGGGGUGUCGCUACGAGAAGGCCUCUACUUCAACCCCUACUUCCCUGGCCAGUCCAUCGGCAUGGCUCCUCCCAUCUACGACGAGGUCUUGGAGUUUGACGAUGGCACCCCAGCUACCAUGUCCCAGGUAGCCAAGGAUGUGUGCACCUUCCUGCGCUGGGCAUCCGAGCCAGAGCAUGACCAUCGGAAACGCAUGGGGCUCAAGAUGUUGAUGAUGAUGGGCUUGCUGUUGCCCCUGGUAUACGCCAUGAAGCGGCACAAGUGGUCAGUACUGAAGAGCCGGAAGCUGGCAUAUCGUCCACCCAAGUGACCCUGCCGAAGGUGUGCUUGCCAUCCUGUUUGAAUGGGCCUUCAAGCCAGGAAGCCACCCUGGGUCUCUUUAGACCCCAGCUGGCCCUCUUGGCCAAGCCCCUCUUCUCUGGGACAAAAGGGGAGGGGGCAGGAGACUGGGCUGGAGCUCCAGAUCCUUCAGCCUCUAUCAUGGAAAUAAAUUAAGUUUCUCAAUAGA